CUAUCAACUAAAUUAUUUUUGUUUUUUAAUAUUUAAAUCAUUGUAAAAAUGAUAUACUUUUUAUUAUUUUGUUCUAUUUUAUAGGCUUAAAAUUAAGUAUGUUUAUAAUUUAAUCAUAAUUUUAUUUGCUAAAAGAAUAACUAAAGCUUACCUAAUAUCAUUUUUAAGAAUAUAUUUUUUAAUUAUUUAUUUAAUGGCAAAUAAGCGACUAUUAUUUUUAUAUUUUUGCAUUUGAGAUUUCUUUAGUAAGAAAAAGCAAAAUUGCUUUAAUAAUCACUAAAACUGCUACAACAUAAUAUUUAUUUAAUUAUAGCAUAUUUAUAAAGAUUUAAUUUUUCAACUAUGGGCGAUACAACUCCUUAGCAGGAUUAAAACAAAGAUUCAAAUGCAAAAAAUAAUUUGAAACACUCAUUGCAUAAUAUGUAAAAAUACGAAUUAGAUGACACACCUCUUUUGAUACAUGAUUUGAAUAAACAGUGGGCAUUUAAUUAACAGCCAAAUAUGGCAGUUUAAGGUGGUUAUAUAGAUUCAAAUCAGGCAAUUAGAACAGAUGAUGGAAUAAAGUAUGAUGUAAAUAUAGAAGGUAUUACAGAAGAGGAAUUAGAUGACUGGAUUGCCUAAAGUGCCAACCGUCCUAUUUCAAGUUACUUAGACCCUUACAAAAAAUUUUCUGCCCCAGCUUCUUUACUCAGUUAAUUAAAAAGAAGAUAUAGGUAAAAAGUUAAAAAUGGGGAUCCUAACUGUAAAAGAUUAUACUUUUCUUCGUAGGAUGAAAAAAUAUCUUAAAAUAGACUUUAUUCUCUAUAAAACUAAUCUUAAGUCCAAGGGUUAUCUUCUGAUUUAAAGCAAAAUGAUUUAAACCUAACAUUUAAUUACAAUAAUUUAAGUCCAAAAAAAAUAUCAGGAACAUCUAUAAGAGUAAGAGAAAAAAAAAUAGGUAAUUUAACUCCAUUAAAUAAUGCUAAUAAUAAUAUUAGCAAUAAUUUAAGCUCAUUUCAAAAUCCUUAUGGUGAACCUCAUGAUAAUUUGCAUAACUAUAGUGCAAAGAUAAACUCUUAUUUGAAUGCAGGUAAUGUAGAGAAGUAUGGAACACCAAAUACUUAUUUGAAAUAAAAGCAACACACUUAAAUAAGCAGUAGCGCUAACAAAAGAUAUGAAAGUGAAUCAAAGUAACAUAAUAUGGAUAUAAAUGAAUCUUCUUAAAUGCAUAUGUAUGAUCCAGAUAAAGAUAUAAAUUUCAACAAAUAUGAUAAAAAGUAAAUUUAAGUUAUAAAAGACUUACAAAAUAGAUUCAGGUAUCAUGGAUCUGUUAAUUCUUCAUUAAGACCUUCUUUUAAAUCUAAUGCAAAUCGCCACUAGCAAAUUUUCAUGAAUAAUAAUCUUUUAUAAUUGAGAGGUUAAUCAGCAUAGGCUUAUAAUCGCUCCAAUUUAUACACAUAAGUUUAAAGUCCCUAAAAAAUGAGCUUAAAUAAUAGUAGACCCUCAAGUGUUAUGAAAAGGCACUUUAAUUUGUCGCUUAAUAAAACACAUGAAGGUAAUUCAAUAUAAAGAUACUAAAGUUUUAGCAGAGAAUACGAAUAAAAUUAAGAAAAUAAUCAUAUGUUUAAUAAUUUGAAGUAAAAAUCAGCAGCUUCUCCUAAUUAGUAAAAUUAUUUUGAAAGCAAUCUAAAUAAGCCUAAUCCCUUUACUACUGGAAAAGAAUAGUUCAAGAACUCUUAUAUACAAAUAUGUGGGUAAAAGAAUAUAACUACCAAUCCAUUUGAAAUAAAUCUUUAAUUUGCAUAAAAUUAGAAUAAUCAAAGAAUUGGUUAAGAUAAUGCCCAAAAUCCUUUUACAAUUUAACAACAAAACCAAAACGACAAUAACUAAAAUAAGGAUUAAAUUACAUAAAAGAUUCCUUCUUUUAGACAAAAUUUAAAUAAAAAAAAUGUAAAAGAAGAGUCAGUUGAUAAGGAUGUCAUAAAAAAAGUUAUAGAAAAGGUAGAAAAGCUUCUAGCUGAAAAAGAAGAGAAACUUCCAAGCGAGAUAGAAUAAAAAAAUAAUGGAAAUGAUAGGUUAGCUCUUUAAAAUGACAAGUAAGAUGAUUCCAGCUGCUUUGAAUAAAAUUUUAAUUAGCACUUGAAUGAGAUCUUAGAAAUAAGCAAAUCUAAAAGCUAGCAGGAUAGUGCUCAAGCUUCUUUUCUAAAAGGAGUAGGUAGAAUGAAAAAGAAUAAAGACAGAAGCGCCAUAACAGCUUUCAAGCAAGCCUUGAAUUUUGACAAGGCUCAUUUUCCAACAAUUUAUAACUUAGCAUGCAUUUACGAAAGAAAUAAAAAAUUCAAAUGUGCAGAAAGCUGGUUAGAAAUAGCAAAUAUGUUUAAAAAAAAUAAAAAUGAUAUUAAUUAUGGUUUUGCAAUCAUUUAUUACAAAACUUAGAGAUUUGAAGAAGCCUACAAGAAAAUAGAUUCUCUGAUUGAAGAAUUAGCGAAGAAUUUAGAGGAAGAAGAAAGCAUUCCUCAAACCCACUUAUACUUAAGAUCAUUAUGUGGUAAGAAACUAGGAUAAAAGGCUUUUGACAAUAUUAAAUAGGAAGAUAAGCUGGCUAAAUCUAUUGUUAGCCUAGAGGAUAAGAAUACUUCCCCACAAAAACAAACAAAUAAAAAGAAGGAUAUUUUUUCAAGUUAAGUUAAUAGAGAUUAAAAAUCUCCUGAAAAAUAAAAUGAUAAAGCUCAACUGGCAAUAGAAGAUGAUAAAUAGCAAAAGAGAGAAUUAUAAAUUUAAAUAUAACCUUCUUUCUAAUAAUACUACAAAAGAGCAUCAGAAGAUUACAAAGCAUUUAUUAAGUAUACUUGCCCAAAAAAUUUUAUGCUCUUAAAACACUUUAUGUUUGCAGUUGUUUUUAAGAAAGUUCGAAAAAUGGAAAUUAAAUUUCCUCCUCAUAUUUUUUGUGAGUUUUUCUCUUUAGUUAAAUAAAUUUUGGCUGCUGAAACUUAUGAGCCUGCACUUGAACCAAUUAUUAAAAAUGAACAAUCAGCCAUUUAAAAUGGAUGGGCUCCACCCAUUCAUAUUGGAAAAGUACCUUCUGGAUUUGAAAAAGAUAAAAGAGUUGCAACAUAUCCUCCUUUGAUUCAACCAGGAGUAGGACUAAAGUUAUAAUUACUCGAGCGUAGAAAAGAUGAAUUGGUUAAAAAACUAUCUGAACUAUCUUUUUUUAAAAGAUUCCCUAGUCAAACUAUUGUUAAUUUCCUUCCAUAAUUUGAGUUACGCUAUAUAGAAAAAUCAGAGCUAUUAUUUGCAUAAAAGGGAGAGGUUUAUAUCAUAACAGGUGGUCACCUUACAGUUUUCGAUCACUCUAAAUAGUUUAAUGAGCCAGACAUUGUCGCUUACUACUCAGAAGGAGAUAUAAUAGGCUGUAACGAUAAGGAUAAUAAAAUAAGCUUUCAUCCAGAUAUUUGGUUUUUGAGUUUAACUCGUGUAGAGUACGUAGCAAUAAAUGAAAGCGAUUUUAUAGAUCUUUGGAACCUGUAAAAUGAUAUCCAUCACAAGUAGAUUCUCAAUUUUAUAAAGUAAAUAGAUAUAUUUGAGAGAGUUUCUUAGCUUACUUUAUAUAGGCUAGCAUUUGAGUUAUUAAAAGAAAAGAUAUUUUAAAACAAAGACAUAGUUUUUAACGACGGAGAAUCUGUUCAUAAAUAUCACUAUAUAGAGUUAUUUAAAGAGGACCCAAAAGCUUUAAAAAAUUUAAAAAAUAGAAUUUUUAACAAAAUAGAUAUUUUACCUCACACUUAACUCUAAAUUUAAGGAUUUUUCUUGGUUUAGGAAGGUAAUUUAGAAUUAAAAGCAUACAAUGACUGGUAGCAUUACGUGUUACGUCCAUAUAACUUUGUAGGAGAAAACCUACUUUUCCCUUCUCUAAGCAUAUCUAGGUUUGGCUAAAUAGUUUGUUCUUCUUAGUCUGCAAAAUGUUUGUUCCUAAGUCGUUAUGAUUUCCAUAAAAUUUGCUCUAUAGAUAAAGAGGUGAUGAAAUCAAACGUAUAAAAGAGUGAUUAUUUUGCUAACUGUUAAAGAAUUUUGUACAAAUAUUAUAAACAUCAUAAAAUAGAAGAUUUUGAUUAAAAUAGCAUAAGUGGUUAAAUCAGUAAUAGUAUUAACACCAAUAAUAACAAUAAUCUUGCAAAUGCAAAUAAUUUCUAAAUUUGAUAGUAAAAAUUCAUUUUUUAUAAAUCUUUAAUAUGAAAUAAAUAGAGAAACUAAUUUUAUAAUACCUGCUUUAAAAAAUUUUGAAAUAUUUCUAAAUAUUCAAUUUUAAUAAAUUGAUGAAUCAAAAUAAGAAAAUAAGCAUAUCAUUUUUGGAGAAAAAAUUAUUCUUUGUUUUAUCUUAAUUUAUUAUAAAUAGUAAAUCUUCCUUAAUUAAGACCUAAUUAAUAGAAAAUUUUUUUUUUUUGAUAUUAUUUUCUCUCUAAAAUUUUUAGUAAAUUUAUUUUUCUAUGAGUGUUAAUAUAUAAGAAACAAUGUAAUAAAAUGACUUAAAUAGCAAAA